UUGAACAUUCUGAAAUUUGCCCGUUCCAAUGGUUGUGCUUGGAACGAAUUGGACGUGUGCUUAUGCUGCAGCAGGGGGGCAUUUGGACAUUCUGAAAUUUGCCCGUUCCAAUGGUUGUCCCUGGGAUACACAGACCUGUGCUAGAGCUGCAAGGGGUGGACACUUGGACAUUCUGAAAUUUGCCCGUUCCAAUGGUUGUCCUUGGGAUACACAGACCUGUACUAGUGCUGCAAGGGGUGGACACUUGGACAUUCUGAAAUUUGCCCGUUCCAAUGGUUGUCCUUGGAAUGAAGGGACGUGUGCUGGUGCUGCAGGAGGGGGGCAUUUGGAUGUUCUCAAAUGGUUACGGGCAAAUGGGUGCCCUUGGGAUGGCAAAACGCGUCAGUCUGCAAAAAUGUCCUACAAUGACGAAGUCCUGCAGUGGGCUUGUGACAAUGGCUGUCCCCCCUUUGUCACAUAAUUCCCUCAUGAACACUCUCCAAAUCCCGUGGGGUGCUCGUGCUUGCUUGUGGCGCGGCAAGGUUGAUUGAUCAGGAGGACCAGUAACAUGCUUCCCUAUUUGGAUGUGGGCCACUGUGCCUUUGUGGGAGCCCUCAACAAGACGUUGAACAAACUCUCUACAAAGAGUAUUGUGUUGCGGAAAUCAAGAAAAAGCCUGCCCAAGUGAUAACACACCGUGGUUGAUGGGCUGCCUGGUGCGGGCAUUUGGAUAUUCUCGAAUGGGCCUGUUCACAUGGGUGCCCUUGGAAUGAAAAGACAUGUCGCCCCGUGCCAUGCAUGGGGUGACGACCGCAUGUAGGGAAUGGCUGGCUGCCUCAAAAUCCCAUAAAUAACAGGCUUUGUUACGCCUAAGAGCCUCAAGUUCACUACGCCCUGUACCAUGGACCUGCUCAAGCGAAUUGGUACUAACCGGUGCUACGCAGGAAACCUCUACUGGCAUACUAUUCUUUUUUAUUUUAAGUCAUCACUUUAGCGUCU